AUGGAACUAGCAAUCCAGCAAUCCCCCCUCAACCCCCCAGCAGCCUACCUCUGGCAGGACCCCUCCACCCUCUUACACACCCCCGUCCGCAUCCGCAUAGGCGGUUCCUUCACCUACCCACCCCAAAUAUUCUCACGUCCCUCCGAACAACAGCUGUUAUUAUCCUCUCCCAGAUCUAGUAGCACACCCCCGGGCUUCAAAAAGUUGGUGUUGGUGGCAGGAGGAGUUGGCAUAAACCCCCUAAUCAACAUCCUCUCCCACAUCUCCACCACCCGCCCCCAACCCGAAAUCACCCUCCUCUACUCUCUCAAAGAUCCCAACAGCAAAAUCCAAUCAGGCGACACCUCCCAAGCCCUCUUCCUCGACCGAAUCAUCAAUCUAUUCUCCAACCAAAACGACCCCCUGAAAGGCAACAUCAAGCUCUUCCUCACCACCACUGGUGGCCCCAACAACACAAACAACAUCUCAACAAACGAAAUAACAACCAAACAUUUAUCCAUCCCUUUCGAAAGGAGAAGGAUAUCCCUCUCCGACGUCUCAAACGCCAUCGGGGAGCACAAAGACGACGUGGCAGUCUACAUAUGCGGUGUACCCUCCAUGACCGACCAAUUUGUUGACGGCCUGACCUCUCCCUCCCCACAAGGUCUAGGCAUAGACAAGAGCAGGGUCCUGUGCGAGAAAUGGUGGUAA